AUGCUUUUAUACAAUAUUGAUUAAGACGAAGGUAACUAGUAGCAAGAUACUGAAAAUAGAUAGAAUAAUAACUAGGAUUAUAGUUAUGGAAAUGAAUAAAGAAGAUAAGUUUAGUAAAUGGAAUUAGAGCUUUAAAAUGCAAAUAAUAUUGAUACAUAAUCAGAAAAUAAUCAAUAAAAAGCCUAAUAAAAUUAGAAGAGUAUGGUAGAAGAAAUUGAUGAAGACAAGAUUAGAUAGGAGAAAUUCGAUUAGAAAGAAAAGGAAUUUAGAGAUGCAUAAUUGAGGGAGAAGAAGAUGUGCAUGAAAGUACACUUUAAGAAUAAAUAAAUUAUUGAAAUAAAAAAAUUAGUUGAGUAAAAUACUCUAACUCUAUAGUACUAUGAAUAGAAAAAAUAUUUAUAGCCAACUGAUGUAAAUUACUCUAGAAGUCUUUUAGAGGAAUAUUGUAGCUUAAGAGAUAAAAUUAAUAAAUGCAAUGAAACACUGAGACAACUUAAAAUUAAGAGAUGGGAUUCAGAAACAUUUUUUUAGAAUUUAAAGGAUUUAUAAAGAUAAGAAGAAAGUUUAAGUUCAUACAUAAAGAUUUCAGAAUAUACAAAGGAACAAAAGUAACAAGAAAUCAAAAGAAUCGAAGAAUACAAGGAGUAAAUCAAAAAAAUUAAUGAUGAAAUCGAAAAACUAAAAGAAAAGCAUAUUUAAAAUAGCGAUAAUUACUCAACAAUAAAAUUAUAGCUUAAAGAACAAAACUAGAAAAACGAAUCCCUUAGACAAUAAAUUGAAUCUCUCAAAAGAAAUAACUGA